GUGCUCUCUUCACCGCGACGGGCAAAGCGUUCGCCGCUGACGACGUCUUCGCGAAGUCGACACGUGUGUGCCCGAAGAGGGGCCCUUAUCUGCGUGCACGUGCCGCCGUGAUCGAUUCCACCCAUUGUCGGGAUUCGUUCAGCCAGCGUUUAAGUAAAACGUAAGAUGAUUUUUAAAAUGUGAUCGUCGCUUUAUUCGAUCGUGGAGGACCGGAACGGCGUCUGCUUAAUGAUAACCAACUAUUUACGCAAUCGUUGAUCUGAUUAAGAUGAAGUUUCACGAUGAAAUCUGGGCGGUGGGGCCGCCGUUCGCAGAUCUAAAAGCCCAUUGCGGUUACAUCCGCAACUUAGCUCCAUCUGUCGCUGGGGUUACAGCAUGGGCGUAAAGUGGGAUAAGGGCGGCAGUAGCCCCCGCUGAGUCAUGCAGCGGCUGAGGACCACCUUCAAGCGGUCCCGUACUCCAACAGGAGCAGAAAUGAAGACUCAAAGCAGUCUGGAAGUACCCAAGCAGGUGCGCUCCGCCUCCUUCGACGAGAUCCAGUUGGAGGCGAAGCGACUGCAAGCUGGUGCGGGGCAAUCGUCGGAUCCCUCGUCGCUGCUUAGAGUACCUCAGUUUCCGGGACAGCGAUCCCGCAGCGUCGACUCAGGAGGUAGCGAGGAAUCGGGAAACUUCUUAGAGGUGCCGUCGCGACGAUUCCAGCGGCGACGGUCAUCGAGCAGCAAAAGCCCCGUGUGCGUGCACUGCUUGUGCUUAGAGGAGUACGCCAAGCUUUAUCCGAGCGAAGAACUAGGGGCGGAGGCUUCCGACCAACCACAGCUGGCGAUCAGCAUCAGCGAUUCCUCCAGCGAAUGUGACGAAGAAGUGCUCCCAGAAUGCGCCAUCACUGUCACUCUAUCGCCCAUGUUACCAUCACCACCAAUGCAGUCGCCUCCGCCCUUGCCCACAUCUCCAGUCAUAGAAUUCUUCCCAACCGAAGAUGUGCAGACGCCUUCGACGCCGUCAAGACGCAAAUCGAUCCAUCGCCAAGAAGCGUUUUUCGCAGAACCGACGGGAACGUCUUUGGAGAACAUGUCCGAUGGUCAGUCCGAGCUGUGUUCGGAGGGUACGUCCGAAGGAGCCUUGUCGGAAGGUGAUGCUGUCAAUACCACGAUCCCUGGAUUGGUAGUGCGCGACAUCUACCUUCAAGUUCCGGAUCUGAAAAGGGAUAGAGCGGCGUCGGUCGAUUCGUGUUUUUCGAAAGUUUCACAAGGGAAGACCGAAGAGCUGCAACAUUCAGGGGUUAGUCUUGAAGUACCCGUCGGGCCAAACGUGGCCCUGAGGUCCAGGUCCGUCGAUAUUGUUUUGCCGACUGACGAACAUGCUAGAUACAAGGCCUUGGCGAUGGCUGCGGCGGCAGCGGCGCCGGGUACUUCUUCGUCGUACUAUAAGGGAAAACUUGUUGGCGAUGUCGGUGAGAGAGUUUUGCGAAGCACACCCGACUGGAGUGAAGCUGCAACCAAUGGUGAUCAUUUAUGGGUUCCUACUUCAGUUUCUGGAGAUUUUUGUUACAGUGGUGACCUGGACUGUACGAAACACGGAGCCCGGAUGAAAUGUUCGGCCUGCAACGUGGUGGCGCACCAAAACUGCAUAGGAAUCCUGAUGGAUAAGAUGCGUUUUACAUGCAAGCCUACGUUUCGUGACGUGGGAGUGAGGCAGUACAGAGAACAGACCUCCAUCCAUCACCACUGGGUGCACAGACGGUCGGAAAAAGGAAAAUGUCGGCAGUGUGGAAAGUCAUUCCAGUCGAAAUUAUCUUUUAGUUCUAAAGAAAUUGUUGCCAUUAGUUGUUCGUGGUGUAAAGCUGCUUACCACAACAAGGAAACUUGCUUCAAUAUUCAACGAAUAGGAGAAGAAUGCAAUUUAGGUGUUCACAGCAGUAUAGUGGUUCCUCCUUCAUGGAUUGUGAAAUUACCUCGAAGAGGAAGUUUCAAAUCAAGUCUGAGAAAAUCUCCAAAGAAACGGGCUUCCAGUAAAAGAAAAAUUAGAGAUAAAGAUAAGGAACAGAGGACGUUCGCUAUCAAGCCGAUCCCGUCGACCAACGUCACCCCCGUCAUAGUGUUCAUUAAUCCGAAGUCUGGAGGUAAUCAAGGCUCCAAGCUGCUCCAGAAAUUCCAGUGGUUGUUGAAUCCGAGACAGGUGUUCGAUCUAACACAGGGCGGUCCCAAGAUGGGGCUCGAAAUGUUCAAGAAAGUACCCAACCUACGAGUUCUUGCCUGCGGCGGGGACGGAACCGUUGGUUGGGUGUUGAGUGUUAUCGACCAAAUUGGUAUUUCUCCUGCUCCUGCCGUUGGGGUGCUUCCUCUUGGAACAGGAAAUGAUCUGGCCAGAGCAUUAGGAUGGGGCGGGGGCUACACCGACGAACCUAUUUCCAAGAUCCUCUCCAAUGUUAGUGGCAGCGAAACCGUGUUAUUAGAUAGAUGGUCUUUGGAAGUCGAAAAGAACCCAAACGCAGAAGCUAACGAAAGUGGCAAAGAUAAUUUGCCUCUCAACGUUGUAAAUAAUUACUAUUCAUUAGGUGUCGAUGCUCACAUUGCCUUAGAAUUCCACGAAGCUCGAGAAGCUCACCCAGAAAAAUUCAACUCUAGAUUAAGAAACAAGAUGUUUUAUGGCCAGAUGGGGGGCAAGGAUUUACUCAAACGUAAAUGGAAAGGUUUAGCUGAUUUUGUCACUCUAGAAUGCGACGGAAAAGAUUUAACACCGAAACUGAAAGAACUGAAAGUACACGCCAUAGUGUUUUUGAACAUUCCAAGUUACGGUGGAGGGACAAGACCAUGGAACAGAUCUAUGGGUACAUCAGAGCCGAGCACCGACGAUGGUCUCAUCGAAGUCGUCGGUUUGACAACAUAUCAGCUUCCUCUACUUCAAGCUGGAGGUCAUGGCACGUGCAUAACCCAGUGCAAGUCAGCGAAAAUUGUCACAUCCAAGACCAUACCAAUGCAAGUAGAUGGGGAAGCCUGCAAAUUAAACCCGUCGAUCAUAACGUUGUCGUUAUUGAAUAAAGCCCCAAUGUUAGCAAAGAGAAAAUGUGGCAAGCCCAACGUAACGCAAACCGCCCUAGACAAUCUCAAAAUAUGUGUUCAUAGAAUUAGCAUGGCCGACUAUGAACAGCAUCAUUACGACAAGGAUCUUUUAGCUCAAGCAGCAAUAUGCGUCGGUACAAUCGAGGUGAAUCCAGUAUGGGAUCUGGAGCAACUGAGGUCACUGAUAAACAAAUUCAUAGAGGAUUGCAAAGAGCAACAGAAAAUUUCACCCGAAUGGUGUUUCCUGGACUCGUGCACGGCAGAAAGGUUUUUCCGAAUUGAUAAGGCCCAAGAAAACCUUCAUUAUGUCUCCGAUAUCUCGAUCGAUAAUUUAUACAUCUUGGAAUGUGGAGGCGGAACCGUCCCGCAAACUCCAGAAGACGAAACAGCAGCUCCGUCGCCUAGCUCGAUUAAUCAAACAUCAUACAUAAUUCCUGAGAUGCGCGUUAGUGACGAGGGCAGUUUGGAUUCGCCCAGCGAUCAGCCGCCGAUGAGUCCGAAGAUCCUGCAAUCGCCCGAAGAAUAUCCGAGCGAAGCGAUUCCGGUAGAGAAGCAGAACGGCGAAAAGCAAAUAGCGCGCAUUUCUCCAGACGCUAGCGUAAAAAUAAGAAGCAUCACUGAGAGACUAUUUGGUUUAUCUCAAGAAUCUUACAAUGUUUAUAGAGACUUCUCCCACAUGCCGAACGAGGCCCUGUUGAAGGCAGCCAAAGUAGGCGAUCUGAAAACAGUAAAAGAGUUGCAUAGCCAAGGUUUUUCCUUACUCACCAAAGAUCCCGCGGGACAAACCAUGUUACAUUACGCUUGCCGGUACGGCCACAAAGAUAUUGUAAAGUACAUAAUCAGAUAUGCUCCAUCUUCAAUACUGAAUAUCAAAGAUAUAAAUUUAGGUCAAACGGCUCUACAUAAAGCCGCAGCAUACAAAUGGCGCAGUAUUUGUUGCAUGCUUGUUGCGGGAGGAGCGGCUCUCGACAUUACAGACCAUCGAGGUCUAACACCAAGACUGUUAGCGUUACAAUCGGAUGAUCAUGAUCUGGCUGCGUACCUCGAGAGUCAAGAACAUUUCCAGUUGGUGUCUUCGAGUUUGGGAACUGUUGUCUGAAACGAGCAAUAAAAUGUACUAAUUAAAUAAUUAAUCUGUCACGUCGUUUCUCUAAAAUUGCCUUACUACUGUAUUCAAAAUUGCUAGAAAACAUAUUAUUGUACCUAAAAUACUACAAAUGUGAUAAUACUAAAUUUAAGACUUUUUUUUGGCAUAUUUGUUAUUACGUUAGAUUAAAAUUUACGUAGGAAAUAUUUUGUUGGUAUAAUUAAUUUAUUCUGUAAAAAUAUAUAAGCGCAUUUAGGCUUAUAUUUUUUCACAAGAAAAUUAAAUAUUCUUCCAGAAAGAAGAACAAUCAUAAGCAUUGUACAUAACUGUAAAGUUACUAAAACAUAUCACUCAUGACAUUCCUUUGAUAGAUGUAAGUCACUAUUUUACUACUUCCACGUGUUAUUAUUUAUUAUGUUCGUCGCUAAGAAAAAUUCGAACACAGGGCAAUAAAUUAGAAUGUAUGUGUUUAGUGUUCGUCCUAUCAGUACUUUUGUUUUUGUUAUUACAGAAAAAAUGCAACGUGUAAUGUGGCUCGUUUCUCAAAAUUUUAUUUUGUAUUCGUAUUUUAAUAAUCUAAUGUAAAUAUAUCACCUUCAAUUAUACCUGUUGUUAACACGGCAUUUUGAGAAACUUGGCCUUAGGUUAAAUAAGUACUGCAACGAAUUUCAACAUUUCCCGAAAAGACAAUCUGUAUAUGUUUGAAGUGAGAAUUGUUGUAAGUGCUACUCAUGUAUAAAUAGUUGUACAUUUUUUUGUCUGGUUAAACUUUUAUUAAUCGAUUUUUGAACUGCAUUAAGCAUCUAGGAUUUGAAAAAUACUAAUUAAAUAGUGUGUAAAUAGAUAGAAUUUAGCGACUUUCUCUAGGUGUAGUGUUAGCUGAUAUUACAGGAACUCACGGUUCGAUUGACUAAAUUUUUCGUAUACACACUAGCUUGACGUAGCAUACAAUAAUGAUAGUAUUGUUAAUUUGAUGUCAUUCGAGAAAAUGUUGUUGCAUCCGUGUUUUAGCUAGACUUUAAUUUUGGUCUUGAUUGUGUUAAAAAAAUCAAACUUGUCAAGUAAUUCACGAAAGUCGUUCUUACGUAAAUAUAUUUAUCGCAUUUGAUAAGGCUAUCAGCGGCGAAAGCUCGAAACAAUUAUGACUAUUAUUUCUAAAUAACAUUAUAUUUACCGUUCAAAACUGGAUACAAUUUUUAUGAAUCAGAAUUUAAUCAUAGUUCCUGUAAUUACUGUUUCAAGAAUGCCUAACAAAUUAAUUUCUGUGUAGUGAUCACAAAAUUCUGGACAUAUGACACACACGUGUUUAACCUAUGUUAUUACUUACUUUUUUCUAGAACGUUUUGAAUAGGUUUUGCUUUAAAGACAGCUAAAAAUAGAAAUCAUAAACUUCAAAUUUUAUUAACACCCAACAUUUUCGGACUUUAUCAAUGAUUGUUACUUAAAUUAAACAAACUCCAAGUACGAAUUUUCUUAUCAGUAUUAUUCGAGUAUCAUGAAGCUGAUGUGAUCCAUGAGAUUUCUAUUGUGUUUAGGAGAACAGUUUUAAAGUACUUUGUUGUUUUUAGAUGAUAACACAACCACGUAAUACACCAAUUAUUAUUUUUGUUAUGUAGAUUUUAGUUAAACGUCGUUUCCAUGUAUGUAUCUAACGUGGAAAAUCUCGCUCGAUAUUCUUUCACUAGUUACUAUGAAAAUGUGAUUGAAACUACACGUAAAUGUACAUAAAUAUUUAUGUAAUUAUUUCUUAUAAAUAAUAAUCUAGUCUCAUAGAAUAGAUUUUAGCAGCAUAGUUCUUUUAAAAUUAAAGCAUAUUAACAUCAAUGAAUAUUGGUAUAAUAGUUAUUACUUGUUAAAAACGUAAUUUUGCCGAAACGGUAGGUAGUAAUUCGCAGACAUAGAUAUGUUUUUAUUCAUUCAGUGUUUCUAUCCAGAAUUUUUGCCACACAUAUAAAACUUUAUUUUAACACAAACCAACUGAUAUUUUAAAUUAAAUAUAUAAAGAUACCUACCUAUUGCAAUUGAAACGGAUCAUUCAAACAUACACCAACAAGCCAAGUUACACGUAAAAUUUUAAAUAUUUUACAAACAUCAUAUUUACGUACCUGUAUUUAUAAAUGUAUGUGCAGGUGACUGAAACUAAACGUCACGUACUUCCAAAAGUAUUAUUAUUAUUAUUUUUCCACAUUGCGCUUUGAUGAACGAUGCUCAAGACUUAAGUUAGACCAGUAAAUCAGACUUGUAAAUUUGCUCUGAAUUAACGAAUCGUCAGCUUAUGAAAAAAAAAUUACAAUAAGUGUUACAAAUUAUAGGGUCAUGCAAAAGUAAGUAUCGGUGCUUUAAUCACGAAUGGUUUAUUGCUUGCUUGGGUUAUAUAGACUACAAUGCAGUUUCUUAAUUUUAAAGAAGUCAAAAUUAAAAAUGCUAACGUAAAAGAACAUGUUUUCCACUAUACGUAGAUAUCGAAAGAAAAAUACUUUUGUAGGAAAUAACAAACUUUGUUGUUGUUGCGCCUCUUUAUGGCUAUCAUGUAUUGUGGAAUGGAAUAAUUUUUUGCGUCUUCAUUCACUUUUAAGGUGACGUCUCAGACUAUUUGAUGGUGAUAAAAACCAACAACAGCUUAUUUAUUAGAGAGUAGCAAACUACACGUAUUUAGUAAAGACACCCUUUAUUAUUAAACCUGUCCAUUUUAGGCAACUAAGGGUCCAAACAGUGUCUAGUUAAGUAAUGAAACAGUGUAACUUAAAACAAAUAUAGAAAUUACGGAUGUUUUACCGAAAUAAAAAUAUGGGGAAAUUAUGUAAACAUUUCGAUUCUACCAUUUAUUUAUAAUUAAAGUCAAAAUGUCAUUAACAUAAGCGAGCACUGUUUUAGCACAUCUUGUGAAGCCUUUUUUGUAGCACUACGACCACGAUGUAUUUUUAUAAUUGCACUCGGCAACUAUUUUAAUAUUAAAGUUCCAAAUCCUCCAGUUCUUCAUGUAAGGAGACCAACAGUUUUGACUUUGAUCGUUUUCAAUUUUUCUAUGCCUAACCAUGUAUUAUAUCAUUAAAUAUAAUUAUAUUCAGUACA